CGUGUUGUUCUCUUUCGCGCAACUCGAAGCGAUCGCUCUGAUUCGUUCGUACACGAUAAGCAAAUCGCUCGCGCGACGUGUCGACCAAUCCGCGUGUAAUCUACCAAUCUCGAUUAUCGACGAGUCGCGCGCAUCACAGAACGCGCCGGAACGCGUCUAACUGCACGCGCGACACGUUCGCGGUGGUUUGUCUCCGUUCGUUCGCUCGCUCGGCCCAGUUCGGCACGGUCUGUGCACGAGUUCGGAUUUGUGAUAAUUUCGUCGAGAGAGAACGUUGCCGACGACACAUUGCGCAACUCCACGAAAACUACCGGAUACGCACAGAUACCUGUUCGCAACUCAGGGAGGGAAAUCGGAAGCGCGCGACCCAUCGUCCGAGUACCGCGUCCCAAAGUUCCUUCUCUAUUCCCGUCACCGAAGUGACACCAUAGUUUGUAUUCUCUAUUGUGUACGCGGUGAAAUGUUGUCCCGUCGACUUCUUGUAGUAUACGACGAGGACUCGUAGUGUGAGCGUCGUCGGAUUCACUAAGAACGCGGAGUUGCUUUCACGUUUUACGCGAUUGCACAUACAUAUUACAUAUAUUCACACACACACACACACACACACACAAAGAAGAGAUAUAUACUUCUCUCGCGCGAUCGUUCUCAACGUUUGGGACAUCCCUCUGCGGAAUCUCGUCUCUCUCGCCUGUGUGCUUUGCUCGCGUGAGGGAAGCGUGCGAGGCGGAGUCGUACGUUCCACGUACGUGGCGCGGCAAGCAAGAGGAUGAUCAACAUGGAAACGGAUAAGAUUAUCGACGACACAAACGCCAGUUUGCAGUAUCAGAUGACGAUUCUGUACGAUCCCAGCUGCAAAAAGGAGCCGUCUACGGGAGUGUCGGCGCAGUACGGACAGGAGAAAGAGAUUUGUAUGAAGCUGUUCGAAAGAUGGAGCGAACCGGAGCAAGUGCACUUUGUUGAACAGCUGUUGGCACGUAUGUGCCACUAUCAGCAUGGACACAUCAACGCGUAUCUCAAGCCGAUGCUACAGAGAGACUUUAUCUCCCUUCUGCCAAAAAAAGGACUGGACCACGUGGCAGAAAGUAUCCUUUCGUACUUGGACGCAAAAUCGCUGGUCGCCGCCGAGCUAGUGUGCAAGGAAUGGCAUCGAGUGAUUAGCGAAGGAAUGCUGUGGAAGAAGCUGAUUGAACGGAAAGUUCGAACGGAUUCGGUCUGGAGAGGAUUAGCCGAAAGAAGAGGAUGGAUACAAUAUCUCUUUAAACCGAGACCGGGCGAGAGUCACCCCAAUCACAAUUUCUAUAGAUCUCUCUAUCCAAAAAUCGUCAAGGAUAUCGAGAGUAUAGAGAACAACUGGAGAAUGGGCCGCUUCAAUCUUCAGAGAAUCAACUGCCGUAGCGAGAACUCGAAAGGUGUCUACUGCCUACAGUACGACGAUCAGAAGAUCGUUUCCGGAUUACGAGACAACACGAUCAAGAUCUGGGAUAGGAACACUUUGCAGUGCAUCAAGGUGUUAACGGGACACACUGGUUCCGUGCUUUGUCUGCAAUACGACGACAAGGCCAUAAUAUCCGGUUCCUCGGAUAGCACCGUGAGAGUUUGGGACGCCAACACGGGCGAAAUGGUCAACACUCUGAUACAUCAUUGCGAGGCGGUGUUGCAUCUCAGAUUUAACAAUGGCAUGAUGGUCACUUGCUCAAAAGAUCGUUCAAUAGCAGUCUGGGAUAUGACAUCACAGACAGAGAUCGCGCUGAGAAGGGUGUUAGUGGGACACAGAGCAGCAGUGAAUGUGGUCGACUUUGAUGAAAAAUACAUAGUUUCUGCUAGUGGUGAUAGGACUAUCAAAGUAUGGAACACGUCCAACUGCGAGUUCGUGAGAACGUUGAACGGGCAUAAACGCGGUAUCGCGUGUUUGCAAUAUAGGGAUCGUUUAGUUGUUAGUGGUAGUAGUGAUAAUACCAUACGGCUGUGGGAUAUCGAGUGCGGUGCGUGCCUACGUGUUCUGGAAGGGCAUGAGGAGUUAGUGAGAUGUAUUCGAUUUGAUAGUAAACACAUCGUCAGCGGCGCUUACGACGGCAAAAUAAAAGUCUGGGAUUUGGUAGCCGCGCUAGAUCCUCGUGCCAUCGCGAACACGUUAUGCUUGCGCACUUUAGUGGAGCAUACCGGACGCGUAUUUCGCCUUCAGUUUGACGAGUUCCAGAUUGUCUCAUCGUCGCAUGAUGAUACGAUACUUAUUUGGGAUUUUCUCAAUUAUACUCCGUCGAAUGUUUGCAGCGGGCGUGUACCGAUGGAUGGGGCGCCAAAUCAAGCUGACACUAGAUCUCCUUCGCCAUUUGAGUGACGCAACCGCAUGGAGAUUUUUUUAACGUGAUGGAAUUCUUCUAAAAAUAACGGGAAAAUGAAUCGUGGAGCGUAACCGCAAAAUUUUGUAUUUCAGACAAGAAGUUGGUUAGUAAAUGGAUUCAAUGUGUUCACGAAAAUGUACGCAAAUAAAAUGAGAUACAGUCGUUGAUGAUCCAGUGUAAGCAGCAAUGAAAAUAUCCAACAGCAAACUUAGUGAUUAAUAACUGACUUUGGUUUGCUAGACCAGCAAAAAAAGAAGAAAUUUCCUUGAAGAAUAGGAUAAUAAAAAAAAAAAAAAAAAGAAAAACAAAAAAAGAAAAAAAAACAAAUUCUGUGCUGAGAGACUCGCAUAUUAAAGUAAAAAUUAUAACUUACAAAUGCGCUUGUGACACACCGCGUUUAGAAACGAUCAGUGUGUUUAAAAGCCGCCGUACAUCCCAUGGAUGUAAACGUUUCGUCGUCGUCGUCGUCGUCUGCUUUGUCUAUAAUUGGAAUUCUACACUAUGACAUAUAAUAGAAGCCAAGACCAUUUUCUUAUAGUGAAAAAAAAAGAAAACAAAAAUAGUAAAAAAAAGACACACGAUACAUAAUAAAACGAAAUUUGUUUGGGGAGGCUGGAUAUUGCACUUAAAUAAGACGUUAGAUGUAUUAUAUAGUAAAUUAAUAAUUUUUUUAUAUAAUUAAUUUAUGAAGAGAGUAAGAAAAUCAUAGCGUUGUUUGGGGGGUACUUAUCUUGUGUAAAUGUGCUAUAAAACAGAAAAGCGGUUGAAGAUCCUCGUUUUGCGUCAACAGUUUGUACGAAGUGUUACAUAUAUGUCGCUCGCUAGAAACUGCGAAACGAUUAGUAGUGAUUAAAAAGUGUAUAACAAUGUUUUGUAGACAUUUAAACUCAAUUAACUUUAUAAAUUUUAUGAAACUUAUUGGUUGUUUGGAAAAGAGUGAGUGAAGAGCCGUCAAUCUCUGCACAGCCGUUUGGUACAAUACCAUUUGCAUUUACAAAAUAUAAAGAUCAUUACGUCAGAAUGUAAAUAUUAUCUUAUUAUUCAUACAUAGACAAGUGUAGUGUGUGAUCCUCAAAAAAAAAAAAAAAAAAAAAAAA